AGGCUGCCAUAUGCAUGGAUUAACUAUUAAGUACGAGAUACUCGAACCUCAAAAGACUCCAAGAAGGCAAGAACUCCAUUAUUAUGGCCGCAAUUAAUUAUUGCAACAUGUAAAUUAUUAGAUACAAAACAUGCUAAUCAACUUUGGGCAGAAAAGAUUCAACUAAUUAAGCGGGUUCCCAAUUGGGCUUGCAAUUUGCAUACACCUAGGACAUGGGGAUGUUCCUCUUUAAUUCCCUCGUUUUUGUUCUUAACAAUAGCUUAAUUUCAUUUUUAGUAUUAUCAUACCAUCUUUCAACAUUAUUUCGGGAUGAGUUGUAUUCUUCUUUGAUCAAUAGACUAAUACUUUGUACGGUAAGUCGGUAACUAGCUAAAUCGCCUUAUUAUUCGCGGGAAUAUAAUGCUAACCAAAUUUGUCGUAUGUCUCUCUUACGUGGUUGCACCUACAUUAUAGCAAUUUGGUGACGAAAUGAUCGUCACAUCCAACUGAUAGAGGAUUACGGUCGUAAAAGUGGCAGUAAGACUGGCACUGGUCCAAUUUAUUAGAUUUAGUGUAUGUUUCUGGUUGUUUCCAAAAUCAAAUAAGUACCUAAUUUGCCACGAACAUGCAAAUGUAUGACGACCGAAUGAAUAUCCAACUCCUAACACUUUUAGUAGUUUUCACGGAUGCCGCCAAAAUCCAUUUUAGUCAGUGACCAUCAUCACAAAUUAAUCCUCAGUACCUAGAGUGAAGUAUAUUCUUAUGUGGUGAACAAACCUUGUUAGAACUUUAUAUGGCAAGCUUUCUUUUUAUUUUUUAGGGAAAGAACCCGAAGUCCGACCUUUUCAAACCUUUUUUGAUGGUUUUCUUCAAAUUAAUAUAGGGACUAAUUUGCAAGUUGCAUUACUUUAGGUACCUGAAUCUAAGAGUGAUGGGAAGAGAUAUCGAAGGAGGAAACAUCAAACAUGCUUGCAUGGAACUUGCAAAGUGACAACACCCCAUCACAUAGAACUUGCCAGUCAUCUGAGUAAUGCAUGCACUGUUCUACACGUUGCUUGCCUUUCACCAUUGGAAUUUUUUCCUUCCAUUUCUGUUUCUAUUGUUAGUUAUGAACAUUUUAUUAUUAGGACAAUAAUAUGCCAAUUUCGCUAUGAUACACACAGGGGUUUUUGUGUGCACCAACUCAAACGGCGGGGAGAGGGCCACGUCGCCCAAGCCAUCGACGAAUGGCCAGGAUUGAUCGGCUGGCCGUAAGAGAGGAAGGGGAAAAUCGAAGCCGGCUGAGCCGAGCCAAAAACUGAAGGGAGGGAAAGGUGGUGGGGUCGCCGAGUUGGGGUUUUGAAAUUGAAAAAAAAACUGCCAACCGUCUCCUCCUCCACUCUUCUUCCUUCUCUCUGCUCCUUCUUUCUCUAUUCUUCUUCUUUCUCCGUUUUUAUUUCUCUGUUUUACUCUCGUCGAACCAGAGCAACACAGACCACCCCUCCCAAAAACAAAGAAAAACGAGGAACACCGGAACAAGAAAAGUGCGGAAGAAUCGUCCUUCUCUUGUCGGUGACGAGCAGCCCAGUCAAUAACCAGGAGAGCUUUGACGAGGAAGAAUCGUCCUUCCUCGAGUUCUUUGUAUUUCGGCCGACCUUUCUCGCGUAUUAAUAUCGGUGAGGACGAUUCUCUCUGUCCUUUUCUUUCUAGCUGUGGGUUUUUUCCUUGAAUCCCCCUUUUUGCUUCAUUCUUGAGUGUUUAGGGUUCACUAAAUACGCGUUUAGGGUUUUUUCGGUACACCUUCAAAAUCGACUCGAUUCUCAAGGGUAUUCUUUUGAAUGUGUCUUGUGUGGGCGAGAUAUGUCAAUUUUUUGUUGACUAAGUUUUUGGGUUCUUGCUUAGAAUCGGUUCUUGCUUAGAAUCAUUAAAUAUGGUUGAAUCCAAAAGUAGUUGUCACCGUAACCUUCAAUAUGUUGAAUACUAGUGAUUUGUGGUUUGAAAAUUAGUUGUAUAAUGUUGACUAUGUUGUUGACGAAUACUAGUUCUUCUGAUCUUGAAUAUUAGUUGUAUAAUGUUGAUUGUGUUGUUGACGAAUACUAGUUCUUCUGAUUUUGAAUAUUAGUUGUGUAAUGUUGCCUGUGUUGUUGGCGAAUAUUAGUUAUUCGGGUUUUGAAUAUUAGUUGUAUAAUUUUGACUGUGUUUUUGGCGAAUACUAGUUUUUCUGAUUUUGAAUAUUAGUUGUAUUCAUUGAAAUUGUUUGUCUGUAACUAGAUUAAUACUGUAUGUUGAAAGUUCUGAAUAUUAGUUCUCUUCAUUGUGUUGCGUUUUCCCCUUUUCUGAAUAUAUGUGUUUUUGGUCUACAGGUUUGGAAUAAUGGUGCGAACCAAGAAGCGUGUUCUUGGACCUAUGAAACGACCGUUAGUAGAUCCUCCUGCUGCUGAAGAUGUUCCUCCUGCGUCUGAAGAUGUUCCUCCUGCUAUGAAACGACAACGACCCUUAAUAGAUACCCCUUCUGUUGGGAAUUCUGGUGGGGAGUCUUCUGAGAAUGCUACUGCGGGGAAAGCUGCUGAAGAUGUUUCUCCUUCUACUGCUGAAGAUGUUCCUCUUGGUUCAGAAGAUCAGGUUGCAGCAAAAAGAGUUAAGUUUGUUGUUGGGACGUCCGGUGAGACCUCUGCAGAGAAGUCUAGUGAGACUUCUGUUGGGAAGUCUAGGGGGAAGUCUUAUGGGAAGAAGUCUAAGGGAAAGUCUUCUGAGAAAGCUGGGGGGGAAGUCUGGUGGCAAAGCUUGGGGGAAGUCUGCUGACAAAGCUGUGGGGAAGUUUGCUGGGAAAGAUGGGGGGAAGUCUGCUGGGAAAGCUGUGGUGAAGUCUGCUAUGAAAGGUUGGGGGAAGGAUGCUCGGAAAGGCAAGGCCAAGAAACACAGAUGGGGGGAAGUCUGCUGGGAAAGCUGUGGUGAAGUCUGCUAUGAAACACAGCAUCGAUGUCACACAUCUUCAUUGUUGAGUGUGAUUAAUUUUGGAAGAAGGAUGAGGCCUACUAUGAGGAAUGCGAGAAGGAGCUUAAGAAGGAGGGGUUUGAUGGAUUGUUGUUGAUACGCUUGCGCGGCGUCGAUAAGUUUCUGCUGUGUACAAUGGCACGACACUACGAUGCUAUUUCUGGCAUCUUCAUUUUUGGAGAGGGAGAGAAUAGGAAGGUGCUAUCCUAGAGGACGAGGACGUGGCUCGUGUUUAUGGCCUUCCUUACGUUGGGGAAGAAAUCAUGCUGGAGAAGUGCCUGGACAAAACCAAGUUGUCGGCUUUUCAAGCCGAGAUUGGGAUAGGAGGAAACCGGUGCCGAAAUUUCCCUCUGAGUGAUAUGGUGGACUAGUAAACGGAUGAGAAUGCUAGGCCUCUUGUUCGUAAGGCCGUCAAGCAAUUCAUCCUGCUUGCCGUUGCCUCGUUGCUCCGACCAUCAUGGUCACAGAUGAGUUCGAAUGUGUUUGAAUAUGAGUUCGAAUGUGUUUGAUUAUUAGUUUUAUCGUGCUUGAAUAAUACUUUGAAUGUAUUUGAAUAUGAGUUCGAAUGUGUUUGAUUAUAUUGAGUGUAUGUUAUUUGAAUAUGACUCUGAUUUUUCUGAAUAUGAGUCUGGGUUAUUUGAAUAUUACUUUGAAUGUGUUUCAAUAUGAGUUCGAAUGUACUUGAUUCUAGUGUCUGUUAUUUGUGAAUAUGAAUCUGGUUUGUUUGAAUGAGUCUGGGUUAUCUGAAUGUGAGUUAGAAUGUUUUUGAAUAUGUUUAUUUGAAUAUGAGUUCGAAUGAUAAUGAAUAUGAGUUCGAAUGUGUUUGAAUAUGAAUCUGGGUUAUUUGAAUAUGAGUCAAAAUUUUCUGAAUAGACUUGGUUAUUUGAAUAUCAAUUCAAUCAGAUAUGAAUACUACUGUGUGUGUUCUAUGAAUAUGGGUCUGAAUUGUUUGAAUAUCACUUUAAUCUUGUCUCGCCAUUUAAAUUCUUUUUUUCUCACCAAUCUAACAUCUUCCUCUUAUUUAAUUGGCAGGUCCAUUUGUUGGAUUUUUUGAAGGUCAAAGGUGUUGGGACCUUCAUCACCCCAACCUGUAGCUACUGGUUCAAGGAUCGUCAAAUGAAGGUUGUUGAAGCCAUCCAUACCAUGGGUAGUGGUGGGAUAGCAGGUUUGUUGAUGGCAAGACCAGAAGUUCGACAGAGGUUUAGUGGUUCUGUUGGAGAUAAAGGGCAAAGCAGCACACAGGCUCCUGAUGCUCAUGAAUUUUGAAACUCUUCUUGGUGGGAAAAAGGACGACUUGGAGCGCAUGGAUGAAUAUCAUGUACGUUUAACUUUUUUUUUCCGAACAUACUAGAGUAAGGUAGAUUGCAUGAACUAAAAAAAUUUACAUAUACUUGUAGCUUAAGGUGUUGAAGUGCAUGACUGAGUCCUUGUUCAAUAAGUGGAAGGCACGGCUUGCAAGAUUGAAAAACGUGGAGCCCCAAUGUGGAGAGGAAUGAGUAGCUUUCAUGAAAUUGGAUGUAAUAGAUGUUGAGAUUUGGG